AAUCGAAUCCAACGAGGCGACCAUCAUGAGGGCGGUCAUCCAAAGGGUCACAUCGGCUUCAGUCACCGUCAAUCAGACCGAAAUCUCGAGAAUCGGGAAAGGAUUGUGUGUGUUGAUCGGAAUCGGAACCGAUGAUACGACCAAAGAGAUGAGCUACAUCGUCUCGAAGAUCCUAUCCCUACGAUUAUUUCCAUCAUCGGCUUCCUCUUCUUCUUCCGCAUCAUCACUAUCAUUGUCAUCAAAUCCAACUCCGAUUCAAUCAGCCAUUCAUUCAACAGCCACUAAGAACACGGAGCACAAUCAACCCGAUCAUCAUCUCACUCGAGGGAACAUCCUUGAGCAGCAAGAGCAGGAGGAACCUUCAUCGGCUCACAAAGAAUGGACUAAAAGCGUCAGAGAUAUUGACGGAGAGGUCUUGAUAGUGAGUCAAUUUACCUUGAUGGCUAAGACGAAGAAAGGUAACAAACCUGAUUUUCAUAAUGCCAUGAAAACCGACUUAUCGAAAGCAUUAUAUGAAGAACUGCUCAAAUCACUCAAAUCAACAUACAGCGAAGCCCUAAUAAAAGAGGGUCAAUUUGGCGCAAUGAUGAAUGUGAACAUCUCUAAUGAUGGGCCAGUCACGAUCAUCCUAGAUACCAAUGAUAAAUGAUCUUUCUUCACCUCUCUGAUCACCACCAUCUUCAACAUAACAAACUACUCUUGAAUUCUUGUAUAUAUGUUAUAACAGACCAUAGGUCAUCGGGGUGAAGCCGAAGACCCGAGAACUCCGAU